CCCCAAGCGAAAUACUCUGCAAUUUCAUCUGUCUUCCCCUGCUGCUCCUCAGGUCCUCCGAAGGUUCAGGUUUACUCACGACACCCCGCAGAGAAUGGAAAACCAAAUUACCUGAACUGCUAUGUGUCUGGGUUCCAUCCACCCCAGAUUGAGAUUGAGUUGCUGAAGAAUGGGGAGAAGAUGGCAGUGGAGCAAUCAGACCUGUCUUUCAGCAAGGACUGGUCUUUCUACCUUCUGGUCCACGCUGAGUUCACUCCCAACGCAGUGGAUCAGUACAGCUGCCGCGUGAAACACGUUACUCUCAGAGAGCCCAAGAGAGUUAAGUGGGAUCGAGACAAGUAACCAACAUCAUGGAGGUAAGUUUCUAACCUUAAAAUCUUUCUUUUAUAAAGUUAUUUAUUUAUUUUUGGCUGCGUUGGGUGUUUGUUGCUGCGUGUGGGCUUUCUCUAGUUGCAGGGA